CAGACCCGUCGCACCCAGUCUAGCCGCGCAUCAAGCUUUCUCCCAGCUUGAGCCUCAACUUUCGUCACGCCGAAAACCAACCAUUCUCGCAACGACAUCCCUGAUCCGUCUUCGCACCGCCUCGCUCGCCGGCCCCGAAUCAUCUCCUCCGCACUCUAGGGCUCCGAACAGCGGCUGGCCUCGCUCUCCCCGGACCUCGUAGCUGCCUCGACCGCCCCCAAGAGCCGUCCCGCAGCCAACCAUGGACGCCGUCGACGUUUCCGAGCACUACGAGGUCACCACCGCCGAAGAGACGCCCUCGCUCCUCUCCAUCGUCCUCGACACCAACCCGCGCGCCUGGGCUGCCCUCGGCGAUGUGUUGCCCAUGUCCCGCGCCAUCGCCAACAUCCUCGUCUUUGUCAACGCUCACCUGGCCUUCAGCAACGCCAACGAGGUAGCCCUCAUCGCUGCCCACCUCGACCGCGCCGCCUGGCUGUAUCCCUCGCCGCCGAACCCCAAGUCAAAGGCCGCCGAUGCCUCUGGUGAUGUCCCCAUGCAGGAUGCCCCGACCGCUGCUGCUUCGUCCUCGGCGAAUAAGUACCCGCACUUUGCGCAGAUCGAGACGGCCGUCCUCUCUUCCCUGCGGAAGCUUGUCGACAAGACCACCGAGGCUGACCUUGCCGCCACCACGACACAGCUCUCAGGUGCUCUGACGUUGGCUCUCUGCCACAUCAACAAAGCCGCGCAGGCUCUGUGCUCGCCAGCCGCCAACUUGGAGGACAGCCGCAAGGCCAACGCCGCCGACGCACCGCCCACCGUUCACGGCCGCAUUCUCGUCAUCUCUGUCUCUGACUCGGAGCCCUCUCAGUACAUCCCGACCAUGAACGCCGUCUUCGCUGCUGCCCACGCCCAGGUCGUCAUCGACACCCUCUCCCUGUCUGGCGACCCGACCUUCCUCCAGCAGGCCUGCUUCAACACCGGCGGCACCUUUCUCGCCGCCACCCAUCCGCAGGGCCUGCUUACAUAUCUCAUGUUUGGCCUGAUGGCUGACAGCCAGGCUCGCGAGGCUCUCAUCGCGCCCACACACGAUACCGUGGACUUCCGCGCUGCGUGUUUCUGCCACGGCCGGGUUGUCGAUACUGGCUUCGUGUGCUCUAUCUGUCUGAGCAUCUUCUGCGAAUUGCCUCCUGGCGCCGAGUGCUUGACAUGCGGCACCAAGCUCGCACUAGGCAACUAUGGCGCCAAACCCGCUGUCGUUCCCCGGAAGAAGAAGAAGAAGAGACGCAUCGUCAACGGCAACUCGCGCGAAGAAACGGGAAGCGCAACCGGGACACCACGUCCAUAAGCCAGGAACAUGUACAUAACUAUUUCCCAGGGCAUUACUGCCGCAUGCUUGCGUCCACUGGCUUUCUUGGCUGCCCAAGAACCCCAG